AUGGUGCAGGGUUCCAGCGAGAAGCGUCACAAGGUGACCAUCAUCGGGUCUGGCAACUGGGGUUCUACGGUGGCCAAGAUUGUGGCCCAGAACACAAAAGAGCACCCUGAACUCUUCCACAAAGACGUCCAAAUGUGGGUGUACGAGGAAGACGUCGUCAUUCCUGAAAGCUCACCUUACUACGACCCCGCCAUUGGCACGAAACCCCAGAAGCUCACCGAGAUCAUCAAUGCACACCACGAGAACGUCAAGUAUUUACCCGACAUCAAGCUGCCUGACAAUGUCAUUGCGAACCCAUCCGUCCAGGACGCAGCUCGUGACUCCUCGAUUCUCGUCUUCAACCUUCCCCACCAGUUCUUCGACAAGGUCUGCUCGCAACUGAAAGGCAACAUCGUACCCUGGGCACGUGGCAUAUCCUGCAUCAAGGGGGUCCAUGUCGACAAAGACAUCACACUCUUCUCCGAGUGGAUCGGGGAAGCUCUGGGCAUCUACUGCGGCGCUCUGAGCGGUGCCAACAUUGCCACCGACAUUGCCCAAGAGCUGCAAUGCCAGACGACCAUUGCCUACGAGCCGCCACUCGUAGACCUUGACAACAGCUCAACCGAGAUCCAGCGAGAUUCUCGAGCCCGCGCCGCCAAAACCCAACUCGUCCCUGCUCCGCCAGAGUAUCCACCCCUAGACUGCAACACUUUCAAGAAUCUCUUCGAUCGCCCUUACUUCCGGGUGACCAUGGUGUCCGACGUAGCGGGUGUGUCACUCGGCGGAGCACUGAAGAACAUCGUGGCGGUGGGGAUCGGCUUCGCAGCAGGUAGGGACCAGCGGCCCGGCCUGCACGCCGAACUCAUCCGGCUGGGCAUGGUGGAGAUGGUCAACUUCUGCAAGGAAUUCUUCGGCGAGACGUUUCAGACGGACACGCUAACGCUGCAGAGCGCCGGGUACGCCGACUUAUACGUAAGCUGCCACGCAGGGCGCAACUUCAAGUGUGCCAAGAUGGCAGUCGAGCAGGGCUGCACCGUCGAGGAGAUUGAGGCCAGGGUGUUGAAUGGACAGAAGUUGCAGGGUAACUCGACGGCGAGGGAGGUCAACACGUUCUUGAAGGCGAGGGGGGUGGAGCAUAAGUACAAGUUUUUUAAGGCGGUUUACGAUAUUCUGGAAGGUAAGGAGUCGGAUAAGGACCUCUACUCAUUGAUUACGGCGGAGUGA